AUGGAUAAUUCUCCUUUGGUUCAUCUGCUGGAGGAGAAAGUGCGGCUCAGAGGCGGCCGUAACCCCUUCGAAGGCCGAGUGGAGGUGCUGGUGGACAGGAACGGCUCCCUGGUGUGGGGGACGGUAUGCAGUGAGGGCUGGGGAACCAUGGAGGCCAUGGUGGUCUGCAGACAGCUGGGCCUGGGCUUCGCCAGGAGAGCCUUCCAGUGCACCUCCGCUCCUGACCUGGUGUUGAACCCUCAGGUGGUGGAGCAGACCACCUACAUGGAGGACCGGCUCAUGGUCUUGCUGCAGUGCGCCUAUGAGGAGAACUGCCUGGCCUCCAACUCCGCCCAGACGCCGGCCAACUCGUACCGACGCCUGCUGCGCUUCUCCUCUCAGAUUCACAACAACGGCCAGUCCGACUUCCAGCCCAACGCUCCCAAACACCUGUGGGUGUGGCAUGACUGUCACAGGCAUUAUCACAGCAUGGAUGUGUUCACCACCUAUGACCUGCUGAGCCUGAAUGGAACCAGAGUGGCAGAAGGACACAAAGCAAGUUUCUGCCUGGAGGAUUCAGAGUGUGAUGAAGGUAUUGAAAAGCAGUAUGAAUGUGCUAACUUUGGAGAGCAGGGCAUCACUGUGGGCUGCUGGGAUACCUACAGACACGACAUCGACUGUCAGUGGGUCGACAUCACUGACGUCAAACCCGGAGAUUACAUCUUCCAGAUUGUUAUAAACCCCAAUAACGAGGUGCCAGAAUCCGACUACACCAACAACAUCACCAAGUGCCGCUGUCGGUACGACGGUCAUCGCGUCUGGAUGUACGGCUGCCAUAAUGACGGAUCACUGAGCUCUGAAACAGAGACGACGUUCCCAGGCCUCAUAAAUAACCAGGUGACCCACAGGUAAAAGUAAAGGAGUGGAGUCCAGAAGCAAUCCCCUCCAAAGCGAAGAGUCCUACCGACCCCUAUCCUCUCCAUCUGUGCUGGAUUGGUCUUCCUGUCCCCUGAAUGGAUCCUCUAAUCCGUAUCUUUCCUGCUAUCCUCUUGAUUACCUCGUUAGUUCCAGCUGAUGCAGCAGGAACUUUCUGAACUCUUCCAAACUCCCUGUGAUGCUCAAAGGAAGGCCGAUCUGCAUGCAGGUCUGUGACUGCAGGACGUUUACAUUCAUUGGGACCUCCAGCUAUUUGAAGGAACUCCGGUAAAAAUUAGAGGUGUAGCACUUUAAGCCCAAACUGUAGAGCCGUUUUGGUUUGUUUAUCCUGCAGAAGAAAAAAACAGAACCAGGUUUCAGAGAAGAAGAAGUGAUGUCAUUACCCGAUCCGUACCGGUGUCAGACCAGCAUACCCGUUCAUCCCUUUAGUUUAUUCCUUUACUUUUGUAUAAAAAUAGACGUUAAACUACCCUAAUGGGAGUGUAUUCCUUUAGAUUUGUACAAAAAAACUAUUUAAUUACUUAUUUUUUGGUGUUUUUUUGUAGCAUAUGGUGAUCUGAACUUCAAUU